AAGGGGCCCAGGAGGGAAGCGGGACCACAGGUGCGGUCGGGAUGAAGCACGGCCGUGCAAUGUGGUGCGGUCUGUCGCCGUCGCGUCGUAACGUGGAGAACAGGAGCCGCUCUUGCGCUUCCUGCCUCUCCCUCGCGGAGUCUCCUCUCGAGUGUCACCGGGUCUCGCGCGUCUCGCUGCUUCCGGAAACUUGAGAUCGUGAACAAAACGUAUUUUUCGAGGACCUCGAAACAAAUUACGCAUACAUAAAUAUAUAUAUAUAUAUAUAUAUCGGUGCGACCUACCGAAACGAGGUGCGUUCUGAUCGAAUCUUUUCCUCCUGCGGAACAAACGAGAUAUAUAGCUCGACGGUGCAUUCCUGGGACGGAGCGCACUCGGGGGUCCUCCGAGCCUCUCCCUCCCUCUCUUAUUUUUUCUCUCUGUUCUUUUCGUCACGCGGACGGAAUGAUUAGAAGCACGACGCGUGAAGGUCUUCUCGGCCAACGUUUGAUCAGUCGUGCAUAAGUGUAACGGCGAAAUCCUUUCGAGAGUACGUUCUUAGCGAAAUCAUUGAUCGCGAUGAGGACCGUUUUUAGUUUAAUAUUUUUCUUGAUAUCGGUGUCGAUCGCUGGAUCAAUCAAUGACUGGGAGGAUCCCAAUUUUCACUCUUUGGAGACGCCAGAGUCAUCCAAACUGGAGUGUGGUCCAGCUUUCAAGAACCGCUGUCGCUGCUUCCGAACGUACUACGACGGUCACAAUCAGUACGUCGUGAAUUGUACGGGAACUGGAUUCCAGGAUACAUCCCCGCUGGCGCAUCUGCCUAAUGACACGCAAGUACUCAUCUUUACGGGGAAUGAAUUAGAGGAGCUGCCCUGGAAUGUGUUCGGCACCUUGGACAGCUUGCCGUAUCUUAGGGUGAUCGACAUGUCGAAUAACAAGAUACGCGAGAUACGUGGCAAGGCUUAUCACCACGUGCAGCACGUGGAACGUCUUAUACUGGACUUCAAUGAGCUCUCGUUGGAUCCCGCAAGGAAUCACCCGAGAGUAUUCUCCAAUUUCAUCUCUCUUCUGGAGCUGCAUCUGACCGACGCCUUCGAAGACGGUCCACCGAGGAAUCUGGCAUCAACGCUCCACGAUAUCUUUGUAAAUAGCAACCUCACGCAGCUGAUAAAACUUCAUCUCGAACAGAACGAGAUCUCGGAGUUUCGAGAUGUCAAUGUAUUCUGUGAUCUACCGAAUCUCCUUGAUCUUCAUCUCGGCGAUAACAAGCUGAACGCGCUGCACUUUAAUUUGUCGUGCUUGCACAAUCUGCGCUUCUUGGAUUUACGACGAAACAAAUUCAUAAGAGUUCUCGAACGCGAUCUCCACAUCAUGGACAAUCUCGCCAAGCACGAUCGAAACGUAACCGUGGAUUUUUCUAGCAAUCCUUUCGAAUGCUCCUGCAAGCUCAAUUCGUUCAUCAAGUGGAUGAAGAAAACGAAAGUGUUCAUCCGAAACAAAGCCAACUUACAAUGCUAUAAGGGUAAUGUAAGCUACGACUUCCACGAAACGAAGAAUUGCGCUCCAAAGCUCCUAGUUUCCACUCGGCGAGGAACUACGGUGGUGCUUUGCUUCCUCUCGAUAGUGCUGAUCGCCCUGGUGUGCGCUUUAGUCUACCUACAAAGGACAAUGCUUCAGAAAAAAAUUGAACCAGUGCUCGAUUCGGUCAGCAAGAGGGUGCGGUACACCUCAAUAGCGAAUGGUGAUACUCGCGAGGAUGUGUCUGUCUUAAGAUUGCUGUUUGUUCAAAGCGAGGAAGUGUCGCGGAGUCGCUUUAACGAAUCACGAAUGUCGUAUUGUUUUAAACAUUCUUUGCAUAAACAUCGCGUCGUUCAUUAUACUUGUGGAGCGUUUGCGUCGAACUCGACAGAAAAGAUGCCGCUCGUCGAGCGACUUCGUCUCGACGAGAUCGUCAGUUCAUACCCAGAGUUCGGACCGACGGUUCCGGAUGGUGGAUACUCGUGGUUUGUUCUUCUAGGUGUUGUCUUCAUUCAGAUCACCGUGCCUAGCGUCCUGUCGAUGUACGGCAUAGUACGAGGGUAUUUAGUCAUCAAUGAUCCGUCACUUUACUUCGAUCUGUGGAGCGAGGUCACUUUGGCGCCUCUAUUAUUCGUUGCUUUUUGGAGCUUAGCAGAUCCAUGGACUAAGGCCAUCACGGAUCUGGCGUCGAUACCACGACUGGUUGGUAUCAUCGGCGUGGCUCUUCUCACCACGGGUGUCAUAGCUUCCGGAUACUUGGCGACCGGCGGAGUGGGCGCAUAUUUAGCUGGUUUGAGCGCCGGUGCGGUGAUGGGCAUAGGAGCGAGUUUCGUGAUUGUUGAAAGCGAAACUAUACUGCGAAAACAUUUCAGGGUGAGACUGCCGUUGGCGCUGGCGCUGAAGAACAUUGCCAUGUCCAUCGGUUUCACCCUUGUGCCGGCGCUCACACAGUUCCUGCUUGCGAAAACCGACCUGAAGACAGGACUUUUGCUGAUGACGAUUACCUUUAUUCCUACUGCUUUAGGCACCCUGAUCUUGCGCUUUCCAACUCCACAGCGAGCAUCCCCUUAUAGUUUACUUCUGUCCGACGAGGAUAAUGAAUUGGGCAUCAGGAUAUCCUCGGAUAGAGAGUCGGAGUUUGAUCAACGGAAUAACGGUACAGAUAACAUCGGCUAUGACAACAGCGACAAACAGGACAGUAAUGUCGAGGCUUUGUUUAGCGAGGUAAACAGCAUCUACACUUAUCAAGAAGCGGACGAGGACGUCGAGCUCUUCGUCAAUCCAACCGUGCAAUCCGACGACAAGUGGAAGCAGGAGUUUCGUGUGGCUCGCUAUUUCAAAUUUUGGGCGGUCAUGGUGACGUGGACUGGGAUGAAGUCCGGUUCACUCUUCUUCUGGAUCCUGGUACCCAGCUUAUUUCUGCAACGAACGGAGCCAUUUUAUUGUACUGACUGGGUGACAUUGUUGGUGGCUGCAGGUGGCGGUUCUUUCAUACCCAGCAUCGCUAGCUACUGGUUCAUCAUCACUACCGCUCAGUACAGAAGAAUAUAUUUCGGCGGCGCCUGUUGGCUUAGCAGUAUUAUUUUGUUAAGUUUAAGUUAUACAUUUAACUAUUACUGGUUUCUAACGUGUUCGCUGCUCGGUGGUGUCGGCAUCAGCACUCUGCUCGUCUGCCAAGACUUGGCGCUCUGCGACGUGCUUGGAAAUCAAUUUGCGCAUUUCUCCUACAGAUUGUUGUCUACCAUCGUCGGACUGAGCGUGCUAGCUUUCUGCUUUGUGCACAACGAGAACGCAUGCCUUCGCAUUGUCGCAUUGCUGCAAUUUCUCGGUGGAUGCUACUGGAUCGUGCCACCCAUCUGGGAAAUCAUACGUGCGGGAAGGCUGAGAGAGGGCUAACAAAAAUCAUUAUAUGUUGCAAUUCGUUAAUAUUUACAGGGCGUUAACAUCGACGAUAAAGAUGCAACGAUUUCUUAAAUGCCUUUCAAUAAUAAGAAAUAUUCUUCUGGAGUAAUCGUAAGAAUGCGAGUACGAAUAUUCUGUAUGUAAUUUGUGUAAUUGGAAUACGUGAUUACUUAAUCCUUUACGCCAUAUAUCGAUUUGUGAAUUGCAGUUGAUUUUGAAUUAUCAAGAAUGCAAGGCAAAAUCGCACGCAAUGAGAAGUGAACUUUGCAUUUCUUAUAACUUAGACGAGGUGCAAUAGAAUAAGUAUUUUUACAUUGUAUGAUUGUCUAGGUGUGAUCACAAAGAGUAUAGUAAAACUUUUAUUAAAAUAUUUUUUUUAAUUAUCGUUAACAUCAAAUUAACAAUGCACAUUACGGUAUUAUCACUGUGAUUUAUACUGUCUUAUUUAAUUAACGAAUUUAUUCUAUUAAACUAUCCAUCAUUAUUUUGCAAUACGAAUGUGAAUUUUCAUUUCUGACAUAUUUUUGCCUACUGAAUACGAAUCUGUUGAUAAAAUUUGGCUAAUUACAAUUUUAAGAAAAAUGGCGUCAAAGAGGCAUUAUGAUACCUUAUGGUAUUUAUGAUAUUUUAUUUUUUACUU